AUGUCGACGCGCGCCAUUCAGAACCCGGAUGUAGAUCGUGGGACCGCGGGCAGGAGAGGCUCAUCGGACAAGCUCUCAUGGCUUUUCUUGUUCAUGAUUAUCUGGGUCGUCGCCUCGACUUUCAACUACGGCUUUGGCAUUUCCGAGCUCAAUGCUUUGGCUUCAGCGCUUACUUGCCCCAGCCGAGGUGCUAUUUCGGCAAGCUUCAAGUUGCCUGUAUGCUUUGAAAUUUCAUCAAGCAGCUUUGGCGUCGUCACCGCCCUCUUCACUCUGGGAGGUCUCUUGGCCUCGCUGCUGUUGUCGCCGGUCUCUGCCCGAUUGAGAUGGACACGCAGACAGACGCUCGGGAUAGCAGCUACCAUCAACUGUCUAGGUACGGCAUCGCAAGCGUUUGCUCCCGCAUCCUGGGUGCUGGGCUUGGGGAGGGGCUUGAUGGGAAUGAGUGCAGGUAUCGCAAUAGCUGUCGUUCCUGCUUAUCUGAACGACUUGGCCCCUCCACACCUGCAAGGCUCAAUAGGUGUCUUGAAUCAACUUUCGAUCGUCAUCGGUAUUCUCAUCGCCCAAGCUUUAGGCGUCUCUCCUCUCGGCGCUUCAGCGAGCGCGCAGCACAUCACUUUUGCUGGUUGGAGAUGGGUACCUAUAGUCUCCUUUGCGAUUUCCCUUUUGCAGCUUCUUUGCUUCCGCCUCAGCAUUGAUUCUCCGCGUGAAGCAGGCCCACUGCGGGAGAAGACUCUUCGAGCUAGGCUAGCGGGUCGCAACGUCGGAAGUGGGCUAGAAGAAGAGUCGGAAGAACAAGAAGGCCUACUCGAUUCCGAGGUUUCCUCCCGUUCGGGCACAGGUGGCGCUCAGGCUGAGAAGCCAAUCGAACUACAAGAGCUGAUCCGGACUGUGACGAGCAGAGAUGGUGCAGCUGGGGCAAAGAGCUUGCGCAAGGGAGUCGCACUCAUUGUCCUUACACAGCUGUCGCAGCAGCUCUCUGGCGUGAAUGCGGUUCUGUACUACAGCUCCAGCAUCCUCUCCGACGCCCUUGGAGCGGGAUCAGAUCGUCAAGGUUCCAGCGACAGCGAGGCGACCGCAAAAUUCAUUGCACUUGGUAUAACGGUUAUAAACGCCCUGAUGACUUUUCCGCCUCUGUAUCUGGUGUCCGAGUCUCGUCUGGGUCGCAAGAAUCUGUUGCUCCUCUCUGCAGGUGUCAUGUGCGCUUCGAACGCCGUUCUUGCCCUUGGCAUCGUCAACAACAUUUCCAUCUUGUCGGCGCUGAGCAUCGUGACAGUCGUCGCAGGCUUUUCGCUUGGCUUGGGACCUGUCCCUUUCCUGAUCCUUCCAGAGCUCGUAGAGCCUAGGGCAGUGACCUCGGCAUCAGCGCUAGGUAUUUCGUUAAAUUGGACGGCAAACCUGCUCAUCGCCUCCUUUUUCCUGCCGCUCCGCAACUUGCUCGCAAGCGUGGACGGAGGCUCUGGAGGAAGCGUAUUUGCUAUUUUUGCUGUCAUAAACGCAGCUUCCAUACUUGGCAUACAGCGGUGGUACGCUUACGAGUGGAUAGAUCAGCAGGAUUGA